AUGGCCACUCCUACUGUACUUACCUUUAACGUUGAGGGCCGUCCGAUUAAGUUCGAUGUCUGGCUCGAUGACCUUCACCUGUACCUCCAGAUCACUGCCAAGGACGAUGUUUCCCUCUAUGACCACACUUUCGGCGCUGCUCCCGCACUUGCUGCUACUGCUGACAGUACUGCUCGCUCACAGUGGCAGACUCGUGACGCCCAUGCUCGCCUAGCCGUUCGCAGCCACCUGUCGCUAGAUGAGCGCGAGCACUUCGGCCAGCAUAAGACCGCUAAGGAGCUGUAUGAUGCUGUAGUUGCCCGCUACUCCUCCCCUGCCACUGCUGCAAUAGGCCGUCUAUCACUGCCCUACCUCUUCCCGGAUCUGUCUGCCUUUGCCACUAUAGCUGACCUCAUCACUCACCUCCGUACUAGUGAUCUUCGCUACCGUGCCGCACUCCCCCCUGAUUUCCUAGCCAAGAACCCCCCCCCCCCCCCCCCGAUGUACCUCACCCUCUACCACCUGGUCACUCGCCUCCCUGACUCACUUCGCGCUGUCAGGGACCACUUUCUCGCUCUCUCCCCCACAGACCUUACUGCUGACCUGCUCGAGAAGGAACUCCUAGCAGCUGAGAGAAGCAUUGUAGCUGUAGGUGCCUCUCGUGGCGACCCUCGCACUCCCUUCUUUGAGGGAUGCUCCCCCUCCCCCCUUCUCCCCUCCAUUGCAUCUGCUGCUGCUGUCGACUACCUCGGUGCUGAGGGGGUCGGAGCUGCGUUCGCUCCCAGUGGGAGGCGCAGGGGCGGCAGGGGCAAGGGGGGCUCGGGUGGAGGAGGCGGCGGCGGGGGAGGUGGUGGUGGAGGGGGUGGAGGGGGCGGGGGCGGUGGCGGCAGUGGUGGGAGUGGUGCUGGUGGUGGGGGGGGCAGUGGCGGAGCCGGGGGUGGUGGUGGCGGCGGUGGUAGAGGUGGAGGUGGUGGUGGUGGCAGUGGUGGCGCGGUGGAGCUGGUGGAGGGCGCGGUGGAGCGGUGA